AUGAUUACCUUUUUGAUUAAAUUAAAAUUUACACAGUUAAGCAUAAAAUGCACUACAACAAGUUCAUAAAAAGUAAUCAUAGUAUUCAUGAUAAAUAUUGAGUAAUAGGAUCAAUUUCAGAAACUGGAUAAUUUAUAUAUACGGUGCCUGAUUUACCUUAAGGUGAAUAAUAAACGAGAAUUCUUACAUUUACAGGAUAUGCAACAAGGAUGUGGACUAAUUUUGAAUUCUAAAACACAUCAAUUUCAACAAAUACAAUUGUAUAAGGUGGAUAAGAUAUUGAAAUAGAAUGUAGUGGUUUGGAGUUGAUAAUGAACUUGAAGUCUACAUUAGAAUAUGGAAUUGUUUAAGAUUGAAGAAGACUGGACAUAGAAAAUUGAAAUGUAGAACUCCAAGAAACACAACAAAUUCUGGAUAUGGUGUUAUAAUACUAUAUUGUGAUAUUAGACAGAAUUUUAAAACAAAAUCAUCAUACUAGUUUUCAAUUAAUCUCACUGUUACUAAUAUAGUUUAAUCUGCUAUAACAUAAAUUAAUAAUAAUACUGGAAUUGUAUAAGUUUCUAUAAAAUCAGCUUAAAUCAAUAAUGCAUCAACUGAAACCUUGACUUUCAAUAUUUUAGGUACUAAUUUGAGUGCUACAACAUUGAAUUUUCUUUUAGAAAAAGAUGGUCUUGAUGAUGUUGUCGGAACGAUUUUUUAUAAUGAUGCUAAAUUAAUUCAAGUUUCCUUCUCUAAUGUUCCUUUAGGAUAAUUUGAUAUUGUUGUUUAAUGUGAUGAUAAAGUUGGAAUAUGGAGAACCUAGGAAUUCGAGAAGAUUUUUUUCUAAAAUCCAGUUAUGAGUGGAUCAUUACCGAAGGCUUCAUGCAUAGGAGGAAAGAAUUUAGAAAUUAAUAUUUAUGGUUUUAUGAGAGACAUAAUGUAAAAGUUUGUAGAAAGAAAUGUGAUUUUAUAAAUAUUAAUUAUCAAAGUAUAUUAUGUUGAAUACCAGAUUUUAACCCAGUAUAGGCUAAAAAAGUAUAGAAGGGAUUGUAAUCCAAAAAUUACAAGCCUGACCAUGAAGAAUUCAGAGCUAGUUAAAAAAAUUCUAUGA